AUGGCAAGGGGGAGAGUAAGGAAAUUGGCAGCAGUUGCCCAACAAUUGGCAAGAAAAUCAACUGGUAAUUGGGAUGCUCAAGGAGAGCUCUUUAAGAAGGUGGCACAAAGUAAGCCACCAACAUAUCAAGGCGAUCCUGACCCUAUUAUAUUGGAAAACUGGUUGAGGGAAUUUGAGAAACUAUUUGGAGCUGUGGGAUGCCCUGAAAACUCAAAAUGGCAACAAAACGAGACUACCAUUAAAGCGCUACCUAGGUUCAACUGGACCAAAUUCCAAGAGAAAGCGAGAGACAAGUUUUAUCCUAGAUUUUUGCAGAAGCAGAAACCUGAGGAAUUCUCAAACCUUAAGAUGGACAAGAUGUCAGUUACGGAAUACUAUACCAAGUUUAUUGAGUUGUCUUGUUUUGCUGAAGGGUAUGUCUCUACGGAAAAAACAAAAGCUAGGAAGUUUGAGAGUGGCUUAACUACUGAUUUGCAGUUAAAGCUAUGCGGGCAAGUAUUUGAGACCCUAGAUGAAGUAUAUGGAAGGGCCGCACACCUUUAUGCUUUAGAAGAAAAGAAGAAGAAGGAGUUAGAUGAAAUGGAAGGAAGAGAGAAGAGGAAGGAAGUGGGGCAGGUUUCUGGAAACCAACAGAGAAACCAGAAUGGUUUUAAGAAGUAA